AUGGGCCGCAGCUCCGGUGGCUCGGAGCUGGCUAUGGCCCUGUCCCCCGGUCGCUGUCCCGACUGCCCGGCGCCGGAGCGGGGCGGUGAUGCGGGGGCGAUUUGCAGUGUCCCCCACCUCGGCAUUGCGGUGGACGAGAGGGACGUGCUGCCAGGGGCUCUGCGGCUCAUGCGGGAGCUGAGACCCGGCUGGGACCCCGCCAGGGUGAAGACCAAGCUCUUCACUGAUGGCAUCACCAACAAGCUGGUGGCCUGCUACACGGAGGAGGGCAUGGGGGACGCGGUGCUGGUGCGUGUGUACGGCAGGAAGACGGAGCUCUUCGUGGACAGGGAGACAGAGCUGAGGAACUUCCAGGUGCUGCGUGCCCACGGCUGUGCCCCCGACCUCUACUGCGCCUUCCACAACGGCCUCUGCUACCAGUUCCUGCCAGGCAUCGCCCUGGGGCCUGACCACGUGCGGGACCCCCACAUCUUCAGGCUGGUGGCCCAGCAGAUGGCCAGGGUCCAUGCCAUCCACGCCAAUGGGAGCCUCCCCAAGCCCAUCCUCUGGCAGAAGCUGCACAAAUACCUCACCCUCGUGAAGACGGAUCUCAGCCCAAAGGUAUCCAACCCCAG